AUGAGUGCGGGCCCCGGCUGUGAGCCCUGCACCAAGCGACCCCGCUGGGGCACCGCUGCAACUUCUCCGCCGGCCGCCUCGGACGCCCGGAGUUUCCCCGGCAGGCAGAGGCGCGUUCUCGAUCCCAAGGACGCUCCCGUGCAGUUCAGGGUCCCACCGUCCUCGUCAGGCUGCGUCCCGGGGCGGGCGGGACCGCACAGAGGCAGCGCCACCUCGCUUGUUUUCAAACAAAAGACUAUUACCAGUUGGAUGGACACUAAAGGAAUCAAGACAGCUGAAGCAGAAAGUUUGCACAGUAAAGAAAACAAUAAUACAAGACUGGAAUCCAUGAUGAGUUCUGUACAAAAAGAUAACUUUUAUCAACAUAAUGUGGAAAAAUUAGAAAAUGUUUCUCAACUAAGUCUUGAUAAAUCACCUGUUGAAAAAAGUACACAAUAUUUGAACCAGCAUCAGACUGCAACUAUGUGUAAGUGGCAAAAUGAAGGGAAACAUACAGAGCGGCUUUUGGAAAGUGAACCUUCGACAGUAACUCUGAUACCAGAGCAGUUCAGUAAUGCUAACGAUCAGUCACCCCGAAACGAUGAUCACAGUGACACAGAUAGUGAGGAGAGUAGAGAUAAUCAGCAAUUUUUGACACCUGUAAAGUUUGCAAAUGCAAAGCAGACCACAGAAGAUGAACAGGCCAGAGAAGCCAGAAGCCACCAGAAGUGCAGCAAGUCUUGCCAUCCUGUAGAAGACUGUGCAGGUUGUCAGCCGGAAGAGAUAGAUGUGGUGCCAGAGAGUCCCUUGUCAGACAUUGGCUCUGAAGAUGCUGGUAGUGGACUGAAAAAUGCCAACAAAUUGAGUAGACAGGAGAGUAGCUUAGGAAAUUCUCCUCCAUUUGAGAAAGAAAGUGAACCCGAGUCACCAAUGGAUGUAGAUAAUUCCAAAAAUAGUUGUCAGGACUCAGAGGCAGAUGAAGAGACAAGUCCAGGUUUUGAUGAGCAAGAAGAUAGCAAUUCCUCCCAAACAGCUGGUAAACCUUCAAGGUUCCAAGCAAGAGAAGCCGACACUGAAUUGAGGAAACGGUCCUCUUCUAAAGGAGGUGAAAUUCAAUUACAUUUUCAAUUUGAAGGAGGAGAGACUCGCAGUGGAAUGAAUGAUUUAAAUGCCAAACCGUCUGGAAGUAUUUCUAGCCUAAAUGUAGAAUGCAGGAAUUCCAAGCAACAUGGAAAAAAGGAUACUAAAAUCACAGAUCAUUUCAUGAGACUGCCUAAAGUAGAUGACAAAAGAAAAGAACAAUGUGAAAUCAAGCAUCAAAGGACAGAAAGGAAGAUACCUAAAUACAUUCCACCUCACCUUUCUCCAGAUAAGAAAUGGCUUGGAACUCCUAUUGAGGAUAUGAGAAGAAUGCCUCGGUGUGGGAACCGGCUGCCUCUCUUAAGACCAUCUGCUAAUCAUACAGUAACUAUUCGGGUAGACCUUUUGCGAGCAGGAGAAGUUCCUAAACCUUUUCCAACACAUUUUAAAGAUUUGUGGGACAAUAAGCAUGUUAAGAUGCCUUGUUCAGAACAAAACUUGUACCCUGUGGAAGAUGAGAAUGGUGAGCGAACUGCAGGGAGCCGGUGGGAGCUCAUUCAGACUGCACUUCUCAACAAAUUCACACGGCCCCAAAACCUGAAGGAUGCUAUUUUGAAAUAUAAUGUGGCAUAUUCUAAGAAAUGGGACUUCACAGCUUUGGUUGAUUUCUGGGAUAAGGUACUUGAAGAAGCAGAAGCUCAACAUUUAUAUCAGUCGAUUUUGCCUGAUAUGGUGAAAAUUGCACUCUGUUUGCCAAAUAUUUGCACCCAGCCAAUACCGCUCCUGAAACAGAAGAUGAAUCAUUCCAUCACAAUGUCACAGGAACAGAUUGCCAGUCUUUUAGCUAAUGCUUUCUUCUGCACAUUUCCACGGCGAAAUGCUAAGAUGAAAUCCGAGUAUUCUAGCUACCCAGACAUUAACUUCAAUCGGUUGUUUGAAGGACGUUCAUCAAGGAAACCAGAGAAACUUAAGACACUCUUCUGCUAUUUUAGAAGAGUCACAGAGAAAAAACCUACUGGCUUGGUGACAUUUACAAGACAGAGUCUUGAAGAUUUUCCAGAGUGGGAAAGAUGUGACAAACUCCUGACUCGAUUGCAUGUCACUUAUGAAGGUACCAUAGAAGGAAAUGGUCAAGGCAUGCUACAGGUGGAUUUUGCAAACCGUUUUGUUGGAGGUGGUGUAACCGGUGCAGGACUUGUGCAAGAAGAAAUCCGCUUUUUAAUUAACCCCGAGUUAAUUGUUUCACGGCUCUUCACUGAGGUGUUGGAUCACAAUGAAUGUCUUAUCAUUACAGGUACCGAACAGUACAGUGAAUACACAGGCUAUGCUGAAACGUAUCGUUGGGCCCGAAGUCACGAAGAUGGGAGUGAAAGGGACGCCUGGCAGCGGCGUGGCACCGAAAUCGUCGCCAUUGAUGCCCUUCACUUCAGACGCUACCUCGACCAGUUUGUGCCUGAGAAAAUCAGACGCGAGCUUAACAAGGCUUACUGUGGAUUUCUCCGUCCUGGAGUUUCUUCAGAGAAUCUUUCUGCAGUAGCCACAGGAAACUGGGGCUGUGGUGCCUUUGGCGGUGAUGCUAGAUUAAAAGCCUUAAUACAGAUAAUGGCAGCUGCUGUAGCUGAGCGAGAUGUGGUUUAUUUCACCUUUGGGGACUCAGAAUUGAUGAGAGACAUUUACAACAUGCACACUUUCCUUACUGAAAGGAAACUAACCGUUGGAGAAGUGUAUAAGCUCUUGCUACGGUAUUACAAUGAAGAAUGCAGAAACUGUUCGACCCCCGGACCAGACGUCAAGCUUUAUCCAUUCAUAUACCAUGCUGUGGAGUCCUGUACAGAUACCACCAGCCAGCCAGGACAGAGGACUGGGGCCUGA